AUGGGUAGCUGUGAUUCUGAUGAUGAUGAUGAGCAACUUCUCUCCUCGAUUCUUGGAAGCCAAAAUAAAGUUAAACAUAUGGAUUUGUCUAAAGGAGGUGUUGCUAGCACAAAAUUCAAAAAUAAUAUGAUGAAGUUGAUUCGUACCCAUCAUAUGGAUAUUUUAUUUUUAUGUGAGCCUAGAAAUAGUGGUGAGAAGGCUUUGAAUAUUGCUACCUCUCAAGGGUUUGCUUGUGUUGAAAUCGUUGAUUCAGUUGGGUUUUCUGGUGGUCUUUGGUUGAUGUGGGAUGAUAGCAGAGUGCAUUUGGAUAUCAUUGGGACUUCUGAUCAGUCUAUUACAGCCUGUGUGUCUUGGAAGGACCAAUCUCCUUGGUUGUUAACUGUGAUUUAUGCUAAUUCUAGUGGGUUUAAAAGGGAGAAGCUUUGGGAGUAUUUGGAUUUUGUUGCUACCUGUCAUCAAUUGCCUUGGUUACUAGCUGGUGAUUUCAAUGAAAUGCUAGGGGUUGAUGAUAAGUUGGGAGGUGCUUCUGUGAAUAGGUUGAAAGGGUUUAAAAGGUGGUUUGAUGAUAAUAAUAUGAUGGACUUGGGUUUUUAUGGGGCUAAGUUUACUUGGAGAAACAAUAAAGUUUUUGAGAAGCUUGAUCAUGCUAUCUUUAACAUGAAGCCUUUUAGAUUCGAGGCAAUAUGGCUGAAGCAUGAACACUUCAAUGAUUUAAUUGCUGCUGUUUGGGGGAGUUCUGGCUCUGCUAUACAUAAGACUUUGAAUUUGAUUGAACCUUUAAAAAAUUGGAAUUCUACUGUCUUUGGUCACUUAAGACAAAAGAAGGCUAGACUUUUGGCUCAUCUUGAUGGGAUUCAGAGGGCUUUAUGUCGGGGUCCUAAUCUUUUCCUUAAGCAGCUAGAGAUUUCUCUUAUGGAUGAUUUUAAUGAAGUCCUAGACCAUGAAGCGUUGUUUUGGAAGCAGAAAUCUAUGAUUAAUUGGUUGCAAGGGGGUGACAGAAACACUAAAUUUUUCCAUCUCACUACUGUGAUUAGAAGUAGGAGGAAUAAAAUCGAGCGGCUUAAAAAUAGUAAUGGCUUGCUUGUUAAGGAGGCUGCAGGCAUGAAGGCUCUUGCAAUGGAGUAUUUCUCGGGUCAGUUCAACCAAGUGCAGGUGGUUGUCCCUAACAUGGUCCUCCCUAAUUUGUUUCCUAGUAUUAGCAAUGAUGAUUUGGCUUUGUUGGGUAAGAAUAUUGAAUUGGAUGAUCUUAAAUAG